AGUUGGAGAAAACGGGAGAGGAGCACAUCGACUAUAUGAUCAUGGCCAACCAGCUGCGCUCAUUCAACAUCCAUACCACGCCUUUGAUGAUUGCCUCCGAGCUGCACAAGUUGAAGAAGCUCCUAGAUCGCGUCAUUGAACAUUUGCCUUCAGUCGUCACUCUCUCGCAGAAGGGAUCGUCCGAUCAUGAUGUUCUCAGUGACCAAUACCACGCCAUUUUCACGACUUUGAAAGAGAUGUUCGUCUUUCUGAGAACGUUGAAUCAACUGAUGAAGACCGAGGAUCGGGUCGACUAUUUCUUGGAUGCCUUCCAGGUUUCACUCGACAAAUUUCACACGAAAGCUCAAGAAGUUUUCUGGCCGAUCGAAUCCACCAAACAGGAUCCGCCAACGAUCGUGAAGCAGCAGCAAGAACAGACCAUUGUCUAUGCUGCUAGUAUCCGCCAGCCCAAACUCCAUUCAAAUGUCAAUGACGGCUGUCUGCUGCACCAGGGCUUCCUUUGGAAACGGAAUGGCUCUUCAGAGACCCGCUUUUGGGCUCUUCUAUUCACCGAUUCCCUGCUGUUCACUCACGUGAACAAUGGCGUUCAUUUCGUCGAAGAAGAGCCGAUCCUGCUGUGCAACAUGGUCCGAUUACUCGCCGCCGAGAACCAGUUGAAUCCGGUUUUCCGCUUGGUCUACCGAGCAAGCGACAAGGCCCGCAUCGGAAAAGUGUCUAUCCAUCUCGGCUGCUCUGUCGUCACGAUGCGAGCUAAAGAUCGGACGCAAAAGCUCACCUGGGUCGACCUUAUCCGCCGUCAAAUGGAUGAAUUGCAAAAUCGGGAGCACUGCUGGAACACGGCCAGCUUGUGCGAUAAGGGCGAAGCGGAAGGACAACAGCAGCUGAGGCGAGGCAGCAACAACAAUAGCAGCGGCCGUAGCCUACGAGGGAGUGGCAUCGCUAUUUUACGUCGAGUUCGUCGCUGUCUGUCGUCGGGCGCCAUCCCCAUCGCGGCGUCGAUGCCAAUUGCCACGCCGACGUCACUCUCCUUAUUGCAACCCACCACCGCCGCCGGACCGGCCUUCUACCAGAGCUAUUCUUGCGAUGAUCUCUACUUAGCGUCCGACAUGACACCUGGCAGGAAUUUCUCCAGCUCGAGUGAACCCAUAGCCGAGCAACAGUGCGAAACUCCUACCCCAUCAGCCGAAGAAGACGGACGGGAACAACAGCCGGAUCAGGAAGCUGCUGCUGAUGCUGAUGAGGUUGUCUUCGAGGGGAUUAACCUCGACAAUCCAGCAGCCAGCACAGAGACGGACUGGGAUAGUGACGUGAGUAUCGAAUCAAUUAACUUGAAUGUGGAGCCGGUCAAGGAGCAAGAGGAGCCACAAAGUUGUGCCGAUCGUUUACAACAACGGCUGUUUCGAUGCGUCAAUCUCAACGGACCAAAGGACAAAAUCGACCGUGCUGCCGUCAAGAAAAAUAGCAGCGGCGGUGGCGUCGGCGUCGAUCCGUGCUCGGCGGGAGGGGGACACGAUCCAGGUCGACCGGGUGCCGUUACCCAACCGAGUUCAGUUCCUCGUGUGCCGCAAAGCGCUACAGACCACAUUCAAAUCAGCUGGACUGCCCGUCUCUGUUGCACAUUUUUCGAUUUCAAACCGACCCAAACAUCAGAGAUUGCAUCUGCCACCAUCUGUUUGGAGGCAACUGAAGGAAAAAGCCAACCGGAUAGGGAUCGCGUUCGUUCUCCAAAAGUCAACACAUUCCAAUCAGUACUGGGUACCAUAUCAGAAGACGACGCUGGCGUUGAGAGUUGCAGAAUGCGACAGUUUCAGUCUUCCAUGAACACGGAUGAGCGGCAUGCUCUACACAGCACAGGUGACAGCACGGAAACGAGUCCAAGUUGGGCGUCAGCGACGUCCAGCGCCAUGGAAACUCCCAACGGAGUCGACCAACCGCUCGCCUUUGAUUUCAGCCGAAAAUGUGAAUUGAAUCCUGACGGGCGCCAGCAACUCGUUCUGCCGAAAUGCAGGGUUGCCGCAUCCAGUCGAUCCAACUCCGCUACAAGAGCCCACGGUGGCUCCACGCCGGUAUCAUAUAGCAUGCCGACAACUCCGGAAAUGUCUGAAACGUCGCCUUCACCUCGCCAAGUUUCGGCCGGAUUCUUUCGCUUCCCGUUCGUUGGCAAUAAUGCCAGUCCGCGCCGAUUCAGAAGUCGAGCAAUGUCUGCUGAAAGUAAUUCGGAAGAUAUCGGUCCGUCGGUUGUAGUGGUCGGAGGGUCAUCUUCACCUCCAUCUGACGGCUUCGCGCAUCACCACCACCAAUCUGCUCACGAACAUCCCGAUCCGUCGCUACCGGUGCAGGCGAUCCAGCAGACGGACAAGAGGCUCCGUUUCCCUCGUUUCCUUCGCCGCACGCACAGCGCCUCGGCCAGCACGGAAGCUCCGCCCUACGCCCUUUUCCUGCGCACCAAACGGUCGGUGAGCAAAACCCGUUCGGCUGACUUAACUGUUUCUGCCGGUCCUAACGAAGUUUUCAGCAGUAGCGUCGACGAUGCGUCGUCUGGGGCCAUAGCCAGCAGGAGAACUCGACUAUCUGAAAUGCGACUUCGCCUAGGAUUUCUACGCCGGAGGAGUACGGAAUCCUCGUUAUCGGCUCGACCGCCGCCGGAAGAGGCUCAAAAAUGGGCGGAAUCAUUCUCGGCCCUAAUGGCAUCAAAAUAUGGAGCCGCCCUUUACCGCGCCUUUUUACUCCGUGAAUUCAGCAACGAGAACCUGGAAUUCUGGCUGGCCUGCGAAGAGUACAAAAACUCCAAACCGCAGAAGCUUUCCGCCAGAGCCCAGAAGAUCUACAAUGACUUCGUGGCCGUCCAAGCAACCAAAGAAGUCAAUUUGGAUGCUGAGACGAGACUCAUCACCCUGACCAAUGUCCAGUCAAAUAAUCCAGACUUGCACGCGUUCGACCGCGCCCAGCGACGGAUCCAGCACAUGAUGGAGCGCGAUUCUUAUUUGCGUUUCCUCCAGUCGGAACUUUAUCUUGAACUCGUCCACCCGGAACGCUAUCCAGCGUCGGCAUCUUCCGUCGACGUUUCCGACAAGUCAUCGUCAGCUCCGUGAAAAAAAACCAAAAAACCAAAAAACCAAAAAAAAAAAAAAAAAACGGGAACCAACCAACCAAAACAAACAUACGGAACGCUUUAGAGGCUAUACGAUGGAAACUUUCCGAGCCGAUGCAAGAAAGAAAAAAAGGAAAUUAGAUUUUUUUUUCUGUCUUUCGGGUUUCGCCACUUUGACGUCGUCGUCCGUCACGUUCUAUUUUGGAAUCGUAUCUUCUCACGACAGAGCUGUACUGUGAUAUUACUGCUCCCCCGCCCUCACCCAACCCGAUUUUGUUGUUGUUGUUGUUGUUUAUCCUUUUUUUUUCUUUUUGUGUAUUUCAUGGUUCUCUCUUAUUUUCAUUUCUCCCCUCUCACACAUAUUUAUUUACUGGAAAGGAAAACACAGCGCGGUGUCCGGUAAUGUACAUAUAAAAGACAGACAUAUUAUGGCAGUUUUCCUCUUUGACCGCCGCUGCCGUGACCCUAAAAGAAAAUUCCCCUUUGACCAAGGGGGGAAAAAACCAAAAACCUUCGGCCAACAAAGUUUUCUUUUUUUUAAUUUUAAUUAUUAAUUUUUCUUAAAAUUUUUGGUCUUCUCAAAAACACCACUUGCGAAAGAUUUCUCUUUCCAAAAAAAAGAAAAAUCUAUGUUACAUCCGCAAGUGAAAAAAGACACACGGAGAAAGUGUGGGGGGAAAAAAAGGGAAAAGAAAAAAUCGAUUGAAAAAGAAAAAGAAAAAGAGUCCGGAUUUCCGGAUAGAUCUCCUGUUUUCGUCACUUGAACGCCGACUCUAUCUCUCGCUCCCGAUUUUUGUUUUCUAAAAACCGAUUGAGCUCUCUCCCCCCACCUCCCUCUCUCUCUCUCUCCUAUUGUGCUGCAGCUCCUAGAGUGGGAACGUAGCGUCCGGUGACGUCACUUGAGCGCCAUACGCAGUGCUGCCGUGUCGCGUGUGCUGUUAUACUGCAUCCGUAUUUUUACCAUAUGACAUAAUAUCAAAUGCUUUUGCUUUUGUAUUAUAACCAUAUAAUUUGUGUCCGGUCGUCGAAUGAAUUUUUAUAGGGCACCAUUCCGCGAUGUCGUUAUAACUAGUCGUCUCUCUCUCUCUCACUACCAGCCAACCAAAACAUCAUUUUCUCGCCAAUAUCUCUCUCUCUCUUUUGUCUUUAUUUAUUCAUUGAAGAUACAAAAGAGAAGUGGAUAUAAUUUCAUGUUAAUUAAUUAUCACCUCCCCCCAGUUCUAAACUAUGUUAGCAUAUAACUAUAUAUAACUCUGAUGUGUCUUCUUUUUUGGCUCUCUUUUUUCGUUUUUUCUAGUCUGAUGAAAUGUGUUUUGUUUUUCUACCACAAUUUGAUACGGAAAACGAUACACUGGAUCCCCUUGAUCGGUUUAUUCGUGGCAUUUGAUACAUGAUUCGAAAAAACAAAACAAAUGAAUAAAUAUAUCUAUUAUAAAUGCAUCCACUGUUCUACCGAGUCGGUUCUCUCUCUAUAUACAUUACAUACAUACAUACAUACAAAUAACAUCCGCCGCCCACUACAAGGCGUUGUUGCGGAAUGAAUGGUCCUGCUAUUACUCCCAUGGCGCUAUUGUGCCGAGAUAAUAAGAGACGGGCCAUCAUCAGUGCUGAAACAGUUGGAGAGUCGUUGUCCUUGGAUGCUGGCAGUCUCCCACGGGCACGGUCUGCUGCUGUUGCUGGCGAAUAUCGAUCAUCUUGCAGUAAUUCGUGAGCGACGCCUUGGUUUUUCUGCUCAGUUGAUUACAACGACGUCGAGCAUCACAGCCUGCUGCGUGCUGCUCCCGCAGCGAUCCUUGAAUCAUUUUGGCUAAUAACCAAAGCGCAAACAACAUUCGAAAUGUGGGUCGAGGUUGUAUUCCUUGUAAUAAUGCGAUCGAAUUACACUGUUCGUUUAGAGCGCCAUUCUUUCAAAUCCAUGGCGAACUGCUUGCGGUAGUUAUGCUAUAGUCUCUCCCGGACAUCCGACACAUAUAUCUACCUAUCUACUUUGGAAACGUGAGCAGUAAAUUCACGAGUGGAAGUGACGUCACGCUGUUUGGAACGACGCCAGACCGACGCCGAGUUGUUUUCUGUAUUAUACACACACAAUGAUGAUGAUCGGGUCAUCCGGUGCAGCAGUCGGAGAGUCGGAGGAAUAAUAAUAAGAAGAUAUUUCUACUUUUUAUAACGAAGUCUAAGUCGUACAGUGCUUGGAGUACAAGCCACACGAUGACCGGGGGCCCGUCAAGGAAAGCAGCGGCCGUGAAUCACAGGGCGCGCAUACUGCGCGGAUUUGAUGUGAUGGAAAAUCUCCUCCGCCCCUCUUGUCAUUUGUUUUAUUUCGCGUUUUGGUUGCCCCGUUUCGCGCAUGCUGGGGGGAAAAAAGAAGCGACAGAUAUGGAAGACUAGCAAAUAAAUGCGGCGGAAUUGACUGUGAUGAACGUAGUGAUAAGCGGAUUAUAUGGCGCGUGCGGUGUGUGUGUGUGUGUGUGUAGCUGAAGGCCAUCGAGGCCGUUUGCGGAGAGAUGCCGCUUACACGUGUGCUUUCUCCUAAAGUAACAAAUUGGAAGUCUACUACAUGGAAGCAAUUUCAGCAGGAGAAAAUGGAGGACAGAGAUAUGCACCGAGACGGCGGGUAGAAAAUAAGACCAAAACAACAUCAUCUCACCCAAUCGCAGGAUAGUCUUUAAACAUUUCGAGUAAAUCGCAUCCGCUUCCACCGCGGUUAUCCACUUCCGGAAUUGGUUUCUCAUACCCCAAAGUGUUACGACCUUUUCUUCGCGUGGUAUCUUUUAGAUUUUGCACGGCAUCGCAUCAGUUCCCUCAUCUUUCUUUACGGAUGCAGCUGUUGGUAGUCAAACGUCUCAUCUCUGCUGCUGCAGAGCGCGAGUAAUAUAGUCGAUUCGUCUAAAGCACACCUAUAACCUUCAAACUUCACGACAUAUAGCGAGACUGCUGGCUCCUUCUUCACACGAGCAUUUGACGUCGCGCGGGAUGGAUAAAAGCGCGUCCUUCUUCCAAACUUCUGCGAAUUGAAUUGACAGGCAAUUAGACCUGAUGUUUACGACGUUGAGGCGCAUUUAGUUCCCAUCUUUCUCGCUUUCUGUUAUUGUUUUCUAAAAUUUAUACGAUCGAAAUGAGUCGGCUUCCACCGCCGUUUGGGGACCAGCCAAUGAGCCUAAUCGCAAUCGCCCCAACAUCGAACAUGGAAACAGACAGAUUUAUUGCCAGAAGACGCCUGGUAAAAGUGGAAGUACUUGCAUGCCGGCACACAGGUAUACAUACAGCAGAGUCCGUCCGCGCUUGGUGAUAAUAAGUGAAGGUCAAAAUCGUACCUCUACACACAAGUUCGAGGAAAUGAGGUAAGUGAACUCGUGAUAUCCUUGUUUAUCAUUUGAUCCUUUUCUUCUUCUCAGAUGUCGAAUGAUAUACGAUGGAUCGUGAAUCGCCAUGACGAUGACAAGCCGAUAGUUGCGAAUGACCGAGAACAAAGUUUAAAACUGAAGGUUCCCCACUCCCCCCCGCGGUGGUAUCACUCGGUAUCACUAGGCAGCGCCCAAUACCAUUUGAAGA